UCCAAUCAGGGUUAAGGUGUGCGCUCGAGGCUGCGCGAGACGGAGGCCUUUCACUGCUUCCUGUGCGAAAUGACAUCCAUUAGGACUGAGAUACAGAAGAGGAUUUAAUUUUACAGGCAGGAGAAACUAUAACUUUGGGAAACUAGGAGUCAACAGGAGCUGGAGAGGAAAUAAAGCUGACAUUUGGUGAUCGAUCACCUGAGAACAGGUGAGUACAGAUUAGAACAGACAUAAAAGCGGCUCCUUUUUGUUUCUCCAGCGUUCCUGAGCUGCAGGUAUCUUCACAUCAGCCACGUUUUAACUCCAGAAGGUUUCACAGAUUCCGUCGGUUUAAGUAACUCUCUGUGAUCCAGUCUGAAGCUGCGCUGGUUCCUCACACGAUGCCGAGACUCGGAGUGUGAGCGGGUCUGGAUGCCACCUGACCAACAGGAAGUCACAGAGAUGUUCACACACACAGCUUUAUGAUCUACCUUUGAGCGGAAUGCAGUGUAACUGGACGUCCACGCUCUUUUCUCACGUUGUGGUUUAACCCACACUGCGAUGUGACAGCGAUGGCGUCUGCCGUGGCCAAUAGGAGUCGAGGAAACCAAUCGAUGGGACUGAAGGGCGUCGACCCUGAAACAUGCAUGAUUGUGUUCAAGAACCACUGGGCACAGGUGGUUAAGAUACUGGAGAAACAUGACCCUUUACGGAGCACCGGAGGUCUCAGCCUCAAGGUCGGAGUUCACGCAUUCAGAGUUCACGGUCUCCGCCAUGGAGCGAUACCGUUGGAUGAGGCGAGCGCGGUGCAGAACUAUGUCGAACACAUGCUCCUCCUCCUCAUGGAGGAGGAGACCGGAGUAAGCGGAGCCAUGGGCCCCAUCCUGGAGUUUGUCAUCAUGGAGAACAUCAUGGAGCGCCUGUUCAUCUGGAGCCUGAGGCGGGAUUUCACCGACCAAUCAAAGCUCGAGCAGCUGAAGAUGUACAAGAUGCUGAUUGGUCAGGCCAAGCAACCGCUGUUGCAUCACAAACCCGUUCUGAAGCCGCUGAUGAUGCUGCUGUCGUCCUGCUCGGGAACGGCGACGGGUCAAGCGGCAGGAGUCCCGACUUCCUCUAAGGUGGAGAAUGAGCUGGUUCUUCUCCUCCAUCAGCUGUGCUGUGUUGUGUCCAAUGAUCCCUCCAUCCUCGAGCUGUUCUUUCACUCCAGCGAAGAUCAGGGAGCCGCUAACUUCCUGCUCUUUUCCCUCCUUGUUCCCUUCAUCCACAGAGACGGAGAGAUAGGGCAACAGGCUCGAGACGCCCUGCUGCUCAUUAUGACCCUCAGCAAGGACAACCAGCGUGUGGCCACACACAUCGCUCACAACACCUUCUUCUGUCCGGUAUUAGCCACCGGUCUGAGUGGUCUGUACUCGUCCCUGCCUGCUAAGCUGGAGGUAUCCAGUGAAGACUGGCACUGUAUUCAAAAUGACGAGUGGCAGCAGGAGCCUGCACUCGUUCACUUCCUAAACUCACUCGAGUUCUGUAACGCCGUCAUGCAGGUGGCUCAUCCAUCCGUCAGAGAUCAGCUGGUUGGUUACAUCAUCAACGGCUUUCUGGUUCCUGUUUUAGGACCCGCGCUGCAUAAAAUGACUCUGGAGGAAGUGAUGACCACCACGUCGUAUCUGGAUCUUUUCCUAAGGGCUGUCACUGAACCUGCACUGCUUCACACUUUCCUUCGCUUCAUCCUCCUCCAUCGCCAUGACAACGUGCACAUCCUGGACACGCUGGUCAGCCGCAUCAACACGCCUUUCCAGCUGGGCACCGUGUCCCUGUCUCUCUUCCGCACUCUGAUUGGUCUGUACUGCGAGGACGUCAUGCUUCAGCUCGUACUCAAGUAUCUAAUCCCAUGUAAUCACAUGAUGCAGAGUCAGCGACGUGUCGUGAACGAGAGAGAUUGCUAUUCCGUUUCUGCAGCUAAGUUUCUGGCCCUCACUCCGUCCUGCUGCUCUCCAGACAUCGUCGCUCCACCCAUCCGACAGCUCGACUCCAUCACCUGGUCAAAGGUCACCGACGAAGCUAAACCAGGAACUAUAAAAACGGAGGCGUGUUCCUCGGAGAAGGACGAAUCCGGGCACUCGUGUGUGAUCGGCUCAGAGAUUCACCUGGAUGUCAGUUACCUGCAUUACCUGUAUGAUGCACGUAACCGCAUCAGCACAUGCGCGCGUGCGUGCCGCAUCUGGUCCGCCCCCUACGACGGCGUGACCCCGCCUACUGAGGAUAAAACUCGUCCUCGUGGGACCUCACAGGCUCAUGCCGAUGUCACUUCUUCAUCUGGUGUGGAACUCGAGUGGGAUGAUAGUUAUGACGCCGGUUCUUCUGCACGUGCGCAGCAGGAAGAGGAAGAAGAAACGAACGGAGCCACCGCCGGAGUCCAAAACGAUCCGCCGCAACACAUCCAGGACCUCCGAAAAACGGCCACUUUGUUCGUCAAAGGCUCCUACGUGGAAGAGUCGGAAUUUCAGAACGACGUCAUGGUGUACGAUCUGGUCGCGCAGAAGGACACCAACGAGUCCGCCGACAGAAAACGGAUCGUUUCCAGUCACGAAACGCAGGACGACGCAAUCCCAGAAAAUCCAGACGAUCCGAGUGAAACAUCAGGAAUAGGAAACGGUUCCGUGCAACCGCACACAGAGAAACAAAACGGCGUCCAGAUGGAAGCGGAUCAGAACCCGCACGACCCUCUCGCAGAACACUACGACGAUUUGGUAUCGCAGUACGAGGAACUGAUCCGCACUCUGGUCAUCGAAGCCAAAGGUCCGACAAGGACGCAGCAAGAGUUGAGAAACUCCAUCAUGGAGGAAGAGGAUGACGUGGACUUCAGCUCAUUUUCAGCCAAGAGUCCAGAAGCGGAAAAAUCCCCCUCGCCGUUUAGGACUAAACCCCACAGCGGGAGCGUGAAUCACGCCAUACCUUUUACAGGUCCGUUCAUGAGCGUGCUGCUCUCUCGACUAGAGAACAUGCUGGAAAACUCUCUGCAUGUCAAUCUUCUGUUAACAGGAAUCAUCGCUCAGCUCGCUGCUUAUCCACAGCCACUGCUGCGCUCCUUCCUGUUAAACACCAACAUGGUGUUCCAGCCCAGCGUCCACUCGCUGUACCAGGUCUUGGCCUCAGUGAAGAACCAGAUCGAGCAGCUGGCUGUGAGGCAGAAGGACUUUCCUGAACUUCUCCUGGCAGCACAGCAGUGUCUUCUGGCCAGAGAGACUUCACUCACCGCACAAGAUUCGCCGAGUGCUGGAAAGCACGUGAAGAUCCGAUCUGUCCAACCCAAGAUUGUGGUUCCUCCGAACAGGACGGAGGUCUACGCCGCCGUGGUCUUCACCGAGUUCCUUAAAGAACUGGCUGCCAUCACACAGGAGCACUCCAUCCUCUCGUACAUGCCCAUGGAGGAGUAAAGCAGAAUUCACCAAACACUCACCGAUAUCAAGCGGACGUCUCUGACUCUAAGGACGAGUCUUACUUUCUCCUUCGUCUCCCAUCGGAGGAACAGAAGCGAGUUUUAUUCUAUCUACUGUGAGCUACGAUGCCUCCAUCACCAUGCUUCAUUGUGCUUGUAACACCAUAGCGAGUUCUCUGCUUUUAUUCCUCCAUCUAAACUCUCUUUAACUUUAACUGAUCUUUUUCAAAUGAUUUUUUCCCCUCUGUCAUCCUGCUAAAGUAGCUAAUCUUCACUAAAUCGGGAUUUAUUUCCCUUUAGAAAAGCAGCGCUGCAUGUUUUCUUUAUCUUGCCAUGUUGAACUAUAACCCAUAAAUUCAUCUCAGGAGGAAACUGAUGCCUGUUAAAUCAUCAAGUCUCGUCUUCCAGCGAGGGACCAGAACUCCUCAGAAUUAUUCUUAUUUACAUGUUUGUAGAUGCAUAUACACCUCUUACCUCUUAAAUCCUGGAUUUCUGCUUCAUUCACUCAUUCAUCUUCUACCGCUUAUCCGAACUUCUCGGGUCACGGGGAGCCUGUGCCUAUCUCAGGCGUCAUCGGGCAUCGAGGCAGGAUACACCCUGGACGGAGUGCCAACACAUUCAC